AUGCGUCUCACAGUUGAAUUGAUCCAGAAUUCACUCUCGUACCUCAACCCAUUAAAAGAGCGCGAGCUAGAUCUUCGAGGACACAAGAUUCCCGUUAUUGAGAAUUUUGGCGCCGCAAAGGAUCACGAUGCGAUCGAUUUCACCGACAACAGCAUCUCCUCGAUAUCUAACUUCCCUUUCUCGCCACGACUACGAUCUCUCCUACUCGCCCGGAAUCGCGUUUCCCACAUCCAACCCUCGCUAGCCACGUCAAUUCCGAACCUGACAACCCUUGUCCUCACAGCAAACAACUUUUCAGAGCUAGCGGAUUUAGAACCACUCAAGACUUUUCCCAAGUUGACCCAUUUAAGCCUAUUAGAGAACCCAGUGACGAGGAAAGAGCAUUACCGAUAUUGGAUCAUCUGGAUCAAUCCUACAAUACGGUUUUUGGAUUAUCAGAAAGUGAAAGAUGUCGAACGUGAAAAAGCAAAGGAGCUUUUUGGAGCGUCAACCAAACAACCAACAGCCCUAGCUUCGAAGAUCCUAGGAAUAAAGUCCCGUGCCUUCGACAUAUCUGCAGCAGCCGAUACGACUGCCUCCUCCUCGACAGGCGGUACGGGCAGCGAGAAGCCACUACGAGUCAAGCUGACGCCCGAGGAGCGAAAGCGAGUUGAGAAGAUGAUUAGAGAAGCCAAGAGUUUGCAGGAAAUCACAAGGCUGGAAAAGGAGUUGAACGAAGGGCGAAUACCGCGUGGUGCUGCUGAUGAGAUCGAUGGUGAUAAUGAUGUUGAGAUGUCUUAA